AUGCAGUUCUCCACAAUUACCGUUGCGCUCUUCUCUACCAUCGCCAUUGCAGCUCCUAGCGGCCUCGAUGAGCGUCAGGCUACCACCUAUAUGCCAUGCCGAAACGGUCUCUAUACCAACCCUCAGUGCUGUGCAACUGAUGUUUCCGGCAUUGCUGACUUGGAUUGCGCCAACCCUCCUUUGACUCCUGUCGAUCCCAACAAUUUCAGCGCGAUCUGCGCUCUUAUCGGCCAGCGAGCCCGCUGCUGUGCGCUUACAAUCCUGGAUAUUGGUGUCCUCUGCGAGACUCCGCAAGGUGUCCUGGAGUAA